GAGCUGGAGCGCCGCCACACCGGCUGUGCCGUCCUCCUCGUGUCCCACGGCGACACCCUCUCCAUCACCCAGGCCGCGGCCGGCGGCGGCCCCCUGGGGACACACCGCGUGUUCGGCCUGGGCACGGCAGAGCUGAAGCGGCUCGAGGGCAGCACCAGCAGCACCAGCAGCAGCGGCGGCGGGGGGGCGGCGUCGGCUGCAGGGGCCGUGGCCGCGCCGGGGGCCGGGCCGGUGUGA